AUGCAAACCCGCUCCCAAACCACCAAAUCUCAAUCGCAAUCGCAAUCCCAACCCUCCCAACCCCCCAAACAAGCCGCCUACACCCAAUCCACCAACCCAAUCGACCACACGCCUCUCGAGCAACGCACCCCCAAACCCAACCCCACCACACAACCUCCUCCUCCGCCCUCCAACGACGAAGCCCUGCGUCAACUGAACGCCAAGCGCGCGGAGCAGCGCACCGCCCUGCAGGACACCCCCGACGUGGACACGGAGUACGGGGUGGAGCAGCAGCCAGCAGAAGGGGAUAUAGCGCGCGCGGUGGAGGGGAAGACCGCGGAACGGAGGGCGCAGGCUCAGGAGCAGGCGCAGACGGGGGCUGAGAUGCGACCCGGAGACCCCGGGUAUGAGAAGGGACAGGCGGCGGAUUUGGAUCGCAAGGGGGAGGAGCAUGAGCGGAUGCUUGGGGAGAGGAUGAUGGGGGUGGGGGAGAGUCUGUGGAGGGGGAGAAUGAGGCGGUUAGGGAGAGGAAGUUGA